GCUAGAUAGUGCUUGAACGACUCGCGUCUUAUUUGGAGGGAUCAACAACUCUCAAAGGCCUCGUUCUGCAGAGAUGAUUGAAGUGGUGUGUAAUGACCGACUCGGGAAGAAAGUCCGAGUCAAGUGCAACUCAGAGGACACUAUUGGAGAUCUGAAGAAACUGAUAGCUGCCCAGACUGGCACCCGAUGGGACAAGAUCGUCCUGAAAAAAUGGUACACCAUCUUCAAGGACCACGUUUCUCUGGGAGACUAUGAGAUUCAUGAUGGGAUGAAUUUGGAGCUGUAUUACCAGUAGGAGGCAGAGAGGAGCUUUCUUCCAGAUUUCUACAGCGCCCAUGUCCUGUGUGACUCUCUGACAACAUAGCGCUCUCUCACACACACACACACACACACACACACACACACACACACACACACCAUGCGUCUACUCAUGCUCAAAGGUUGUCUGGAAAUUGUUAGAUCUUGAUUGUUGUCUGGAGUCAAAUGUUUUUUUGUUUUGAGAUGAUUC